CUCCCAGUUAAAGAUGGCGUCAAAUGGUGAAGUUUACCUGCCAAACGAAGCCCAAAAUGAUGUUAAAAUGGAAGGAAACGAUGUCGUCAAUGGGUUUCAAAAUACUUCUAAGUGGGUCAAAUUAAAUGUAGGUGGAACAUAUUUCCUCACAACAAGAACCACGCUUUGUAGAGACCCACGAUCAUUCCUUGCAAGACUCUGUCAAGAAGAUCCAGAUUUGAAGUCCGAUAAGGAUGAAUCUGGCGCAUAUCUGAUUGACAGGGAUCCAACAUACUUUGGGCCUAUACUAAAUUAUCUAAGACAUGGUAAAUUAGUUAUAAACAAAGAUUUGGCAGAUGAAGGUGUCCUAGAAGAAGCUGAAUUCUAUAAUGUAACAUCUCUCAUCAAGUUAUUGAAACAAAGGAUCUUAGAUAAGGAAACAAGAAAUAGCACAGGUCCAAGAAAGCAUGUCUAUCGAGUGAUACAAUGUCAGGAGGAGGAGCUAACUCAGAUGUUAUCAACAAUGUCAGAUGGCUGGCGAUUUGAACAGCUGGUGAAUAUAGGUACUCAGUAUAUAUAUGGAAGCGAGGACCAGACGGAGUUUAUGUGUGUAGUAUCCAAGGAUAUAAGUAACAGUAAUGGUUAUAGCACCUUUCAACAACCUGAAAAAACUAAGGUUUAUGAAGAUAGAACGACAAGGAUGCGUGACAUUCGCUCAUAGUGUAGUCGGUCUGCGUGUACAUAUGAGCACGAGCACACGUGAUUCUACACGUGUAUCAGAUGCAAUGAUAUUCUCAUUUCUACUACUAUACUCCUAGUCCCGUAACUUUGGUUUACUGUAAUAUGGCUUCACCUAGUACUGUUAGAGGCACUGCACACCGUAGAAAAAUCCUGUAGAUGGAGAGCAACAAACACCCUCCAAUAGAGGGGGGCGACAAACAAGCUCAGGUAAACGCUCUUGGACGCACACACUACUGUUUGCAUUUUUAGUUUAUCAAAAUGUUUGUUGUGAAAAUUCGCAGCAUGAAUUCCAUUGAACAAGCUGGGUGAGGCCGGAAUGCUACGUCGACCAACCAGUUCUUGUAUCCCGGGUUAUGAUGCAGCUCGGGUAUCUAGAUGUAAAUUUGUUCUCAUGUUUUUGGGAGAUAGUCUGGGAGGCUGAAUGUGAUUUUAUAGAAACAAACCAGCAGUUGUGGACAUAGAGGGUGCUGUUUACCAAUCCACAGAGGGCAGUAUUAACAUCAUCCAAGUCAACAUUAUUUCUAUUUCUCCUUGAUUUAUAUUAAUUUAUUUUUUAUGCUGCUUUUAGCUAAUUUAUACAUUUAAAUGGUGUGAAUUUUUAAAAAUAUUUUCUUAAGGUUUGAUCUGUAAUUAAAACUACUAUUUCUAAUAUGUAUUUAAAAACAGACAAUUUAAUUGGUCAGUUGAAAUGAUUGAAAUUAUUAAUGGCAUAGAUCCUUUUCAACUGAUCAAUUUCAGUCAUACGAACAAACUUUACCGCUUAAUAUUCAUCGUUUGAUUUAGACCAAUUAUGUUGCUACUUAGUCAAAGUAACUUACUAUUAAAAUAGUUAAAAAGGUAUGCCUAUUACAUACAUUCAGUUUAUUGAUGCUAGCGUGUUGCUAUCUGAUCAUUGAAGAACAAAUUUAUUAUUUAUUUAUAUAAAGCUAUGCCCGUACCCCACCAUAAAUCUGUCUACAAUAUUACUAAAAAGUGGUGCAUAAAUUACUUGUCUAUACUGAUAGUCUUGACUAAGACAUGCCUAUAGCUAGGCAGGGUUUUGCUAGGCAGAGUGAAUUCAGUAGGCUGGCCAGCUUCUUGUAUCAAGGCAGGUGUUUAAAAGCAAAGUUUUCAAGGUGGUUAUGCUAAGUCUAAACCAAAGAGGUAUGGAUACUAUAGAGCUACAAGUUACAGUAAAGGCAAAUUGCAAGAAGAGAUACCUUCCCCUUAUCAGACUUCUCAAGUUUGUAAAAUGCAUUUCCAUAACUAUGUCUUCAGAUUUCUGUAGUAUAUGAAAAAUUUCCGUAGUACCACCUAGUGCAAGAUUAUAUCAUGAGUUCUAUUUAUUUUGAAAAUGGGCCCGAUUGUCUUUGGCCGCUAUUGUCUGUAAUUCGAUGAGGACAGGGUGAAGAAUUGCUGGCCAGUUUUUCUUCGUUUUCACAACAAUUUAUCAGUAAUCCGACAAGUAUGAGUUGUCUAGGGAAAAUGUAACCAGGGAUCCUAAUGGGAAAGUCAAUUGUUCUGGACUUUAGACCUAUUUAUUUAUGGGUCUAGGCCUAUGAUAAAUUUCGAAAGUAUUUUUGUCUAUUUCUGUGUGUCUGUAAUUAGGCAAAAUUUCCGUAGAAAAUAGGGCUAACUACGGAAGUUUAUAGUACUUGAGAUGUCUGCAUUAUUUACUCUUAUUGAUGUGGUUGGUAGGAGAAUACUGGCAUAGGGAGACCAGCCAGGGAUGAGGGAUAAUUAAUGGUGUAAGGGAUGGCUGGGGUAUUGUAGCUUUUAGUUGAGUAAAGGUUGGCAGGGUGAGAUGGUGUAAAUCUAGGCCUUCAGUUUAGUUGUACUCUGGUUUACAAAUUUGGUCCUUCAAGCUGGUUUUAAGGGGCCUUUUUCCUUCACUUCAUGUUACUACCAUCAUCAUUUUGUGCUUUCUUAAAUCCCACAGAGUUAUAUUGUAGUAGUGUUAAUUAAUGUCAAAUAAUUAUGAGUGACUGCAAUCAAACCCCAUUCUUCCUAAUACAGUAUUUUAUUGAAUUGAGUGCUUUUGAAUUUUGUAGUAUGCUUUGGGUUUUUGAUCAUGAAUUUAAUAAUUAAUAUUGCGAUUUUAUUAUGGGUUGUAUAUAGAUUGAUAUUUUUUAAGUUUGAGUUU